UUUUCAUUCAAGUAUCUUUAAUUGUUGAACAGAGUAGGUCCUGUCGCAAGACUCAAGAAGAAACAUUCUGUUAUUACAGUGUAUCUUAUUGUCAUGGCCAUAAGGACAACGGCUUCCAAUAUGAAUAUCACUGCAAGGUACUAUCUGAACUGUACCCAAACUGUGGCACUUACCAUAAACGAUACCGUCACCACACCAUUUUGGAGUAACGACACAACAGAUACGUUGUCAACGAUGAGUGAAACUAACGACAUACAAACUAUGUUUGCUAUAAUUGGUGUAAUGGUAAUGAUGGUUGUCCUGGCCGCAGCUGCCUAUCGAUUGUACUAUCGAUUGUACUCUUCAGAGGAAAGAUCUUACCAUGACUCGUUGAAAGAGGCUAUACUCCAUAUUGCAAUAACUUUGUUCACAUAUGUGCUGUACCUAUUUGACACUUUGUCUGAUGUGUUCCUGUUUAUUCAGUACAUUACAAAUGAACAAUAUUCAACAUUUUUCUUGGUUAUGGCUUUCACUAUCCUUCCAGUUCUAUUUCUAGCGGCUGUUUUUUAUAAACAAAUUGUCGAAGACAACAUGACGGAGGGCUGUGAGAAAUGUUACAAAAACUGUGCCAAGGAUCAUCGAUGUUGCGCCACGUGUAUCUGGUUGAUGGCAGUAUUCUUCCUAAGUAUACCUGCAGUUAUUUUCCCAACAUUUACAUAUGCUCAACUACUUGCAAGUGGGAAACCAGAUUCUAAAUUGGAACAUACCCAAGCUUACCUUACUCUCAUUGAAGCUACAGUAGAAGCAGCACCACAGUUAACAAUACAAAUAUACCUCUUGAUCACUGAUACACUCACUGAAACUACUCAAACACAGAUUAUUCGGUAUGUGAGCAUUACUGCAUCUUCCCUAGGAUUGGCUUGGUCUUUGAAUGCCUUCAAACAUCAAUAUCGAAAGACGGAACAGAAGCAAGAAGACAGCUUUUUGAUCAAACUAAUACACUGGGUAUCACGUUUGGCUGAGAUUGGACCACGUAUUAUCUUACUUGCACUCAUUACGGCUGAAUAUAGUUAUUGGGUUUCAAUUUUCAUAAUCUAUCGUCUUCUACAUGGAUGCAUGCUAAUCUGUAGUAAGAAGGAUGACAUUGGGCUAGAGGUAUUUUUGGGAACAUUUGGCAACAUAUUUUGCUUUUCCGUAUCACAAGUUUUUCAGUGCCACAAGAAAAAACAAUGUGGGGGAUUAUUCUUCAUAUUUUACUACGCUUUAUAUUAUGUAGAAAAUGCUUUAAUGCUAUACCUUUGGUAUAGUGAUGACCGUGAGUUACUUUAUUGGAAGAUUGGAGGAGCCUGUUCAAAUCAUGCAUGGUAUGCCCCUCUAGUAUUCGGUGUUGUCAGUGUGGGUUGCGUUGUUCAACUCACUUUUUUGCGCCUUUACUAUUGGCGUCGUAAAAAACAGCAAGCAGCAAAUAUUACAAAUGAUUCUGACAUGUCAGAAUAGAAACUAUUUGCAAAAACAUAUGUCAAUGACUAAGGGUAUAAUCCUUUUAUGUACAAUAUCGUCUUUUUUAUCUAAUGUGAAAUCAAACAAAUGAGGCUAAUAACAUUAUUUGUAUUUGUAUUAGCGGAACGAAAAGUGUAUCAUAUGAAGCAGGAUUGACACCCUUCCGCAUGAACGAGUUAAUAUAGUGGUUUUGGUUGGGUUUGUCUAGGUCUAUUCUGAGUUUUUUUGAUGAUUUCGGUGUUGUUAAUUUAUGUGGUUUUUUUUUCGCUUUUUCAUUUUUUGUCCUGACGUUGCCGAUUUUUUCGGCUUCUUAUUUUCCGUUUCGUUUUGAGUAGGAAUUGUGCAGCUUGUUAAUUCCUGUUUUUAUUCAACAAUGUAACCAGUAAGUUAAUGUGCUGUGCAUGUAGACAAAAUUAUAUCGUUCAAAAACACGUUUUUUAUACAUUAAUGAACAACAUCAUUGGUCCAAAUUAUAAUCAAUUCGACCAUUUUAACAGUUACCGUGAGUAAAAGAAAAAAAUAUCCGCGUAGGAAAAUUAAGAUAUAUGCACUUUCAAAUUUGUUACUCAACAAAAAUCUUUGUUAUUAAAAGCACUCAUGACUUUUUGUUUAACUGAGAGUCCAGUCACUCUAUGACAUGACCAAAAGUCAGAGUUUAAUUCUAAGAGUGUAAAGGGAAAUAUUUGUCUUUCAUUUUUGCUUCUGUGCUUUUUAAAUCAAGUGUAUACAGGCCUUUUUUAUAUUCUUUGUUUGACAAAGUUGUUUGUUUCUACAGUUUGUAAGAUAUUUUUGGCAGAUUGUAUGUCAUAACCCAUGUAAUUUUUUUAUAUUUUUGCCUGGUUUUGCAAUGUCGUCAACAUAAUCGAACUUUAUGCGACUGUCAUAAAGGUCAGAGGUUAAGCUAGCUAUACAACCACAUAAUGAGAUUCCUUCACCCUGUUGACCAAGCAGAUAUAUGACAGUUGUUUCCAUUCGAUUGAUGUGUUUCAGCUUUUGAUUUUGCAAUUUGAUAUAGGACUUUUUUCCCUUGCAGUCUUUUUUGUAACAUUACUGAUUAUAUUGAUAAAAAUAAAUUGUAGUUAACACUAAGCCAUAUUCGG